UUGCUCAAAAUUUACUUUCGUUUUAGUUUUGGAUGGUGCCAUAAAAUAACAAAGAUGCCGUGCUCUUCGGAUUCAUCAUAUGAUUGCCAGAGGCCAAAGGAGACAGCAAGAAAAUUGUCUUGUUUUAGCUGUUUUACUGCUGUGUUUCCUUUCUUAUAUGGGUGAAAGUAGCAGAAAUUGCCCACAGUCAAAAAUGACGGUCCAAUACGUAAAACGUUGUCCAGGAACACGGAAUGAGUGGAUGGAUGCAGCAGUGAGAAAGAAUUGCUCAAGCAUUACUCAAGAUUGCGUCAAACCAGAAAACUUCCAAUACCAUUGUGUGAUUAAUUCGCUCAUGAAUGCGACAAUGGAAGUUUGUGCACCCAUUUGGUUUUGUAUAGGAUUUUGUGCAGAAUACAACCUACAAGGAGAACGAAUUCAGGACAAUUUCAGAGCACCGUGUACAACAUUCUCCAAACCAUGCCCUCCAAGAUAUCUCUCUUCUGAUGCAUAUCUAUACCAAGAAUGUUACAGAUUAGUAGAGAUUCAAAAGAAGAAAUCGGUUUUCGUUGUUACUACAGAAGAUAGUGGGAAUGAUGUACCAAACAAUGGAACAGAAACCAUCAUAAUUGUGUCCAUAAUAUGCAUUAUUGCUGUUCUGUUACCAGCUCUUGCGGUGAUAUUUUACAGAAGACAACGUGGUAUGUAUUUAUUCAAAAGCUGCAAUUGCUUUCAUUGUUCCACUUAUCGAUGA